CAUUCCUGUGAGUGACUUUUUAUUCAUACUUAUUCUAUUGGUCAUUGCUACUCUGUACUCGUGUUUUUUUUAACAAACGAAUUCUUGUCAUAAUUGUAUAAUUUUAUUAUUAUUAUUUUUCUUUUAUAUUCACAUUUUGUUACUCAUUUAAAAUGGCCGAAGGUCGUUCAACCAGCCCGAAACCCGAAAUCUCUGUCACAGACACAGAGGAAGAUACCCAGGGCCAAUUACAUCCAGGCCCCUCCACUAGAUCUAGUAAAAAGAAAGCGGCUGUAAUUCCCAAAUCCGAAAUUGAAUUAUCCACUUUGCUUAAAUUUAUAAAGCCAUUUGAUGGUUGUAGAGAAAAGUUAAAUUCAUUUUUAGUAAAUUGUAAUAAUGCUUAUGAAAUAGCCUCGGACACACAAAAAGAUAUUCUCUUUAAAUACAUACUCUGUCAGUUACAAGGCAAAGCAGAGACCGCCUGUUCCAUUAAAGAAUUUACUAAUUGGCAUCAGCUUAAAGAGUUCCUCAAAACGCAGUUCAGCGAGAGGAAACAUUACGCUCAUCUCCUCACCGAAUUACAGGAAUGCAAACAACAAGUCACUGAAACUGUCAGUCAGUAUGCUUUAAGAAUAGAGACUUGCUUAUCUCAUUUACUUACCGAAAUUUCCAUCUCACACGGCCAUAAAAGUAGAGAAAUGAUUGGACGUAGUGCCGCGAUGGAGGAAUUAGCCCUCCAUCAUUUCCAAAUGGGGCUAACGCCUCGAAUAUCUAAUUUUGUUAGGAGUAAAUCCGUUAAAACUUUAAACGAAGCAAUUAAUAUCGCAAUUUCUGAAGAAAGAAUCCAACAAUCUUUAUCUAAACAUUCAGCCCCGUCUAGCAAUCAACAAUCUCGUCAGUUUAUACGUCGUAACCAAAAUCCAUCUUCAUUCAAAAACAAUCCUACUACUCCUCGUCCUAAUAAUAAUAAUUCCAUCCUUGUCUGCCGAUAUUGCAAAAAUCCAGGUCAUACUAUAGAACAAUGCCGAAAAAGGGAAUUUAAUAAUAAUCGCUUCAAAAAUCCUGAUCAAAACUAUACAAGGCAACCCCGUGUUCAUUUCAUCUCCGAUGAAACUUCGGAAACUAACGAUGAUUUUCUUACCAAUCCUGAGGGCGGUUAUGACACCGUAGACUCUAAUCAAAAAAACGAGUAAACAUCUCGUCCCAGUGUCGUGCGGGAUUAUAUAAUUUUAAAACCGGCACUAUCAAUUAUAAUUCAUCUACUAAAUCCUCUGUAUCCACUGUAUCUAUGCAGCAGCCCAAGGUUGAUCUGCCCAAAUCUACUAAAUCCUCUGUAUCCACUGUAUCUAUGCAGCAACCCAAGGUUGAUCUGCUUAAAUCUACUAAAUCCUCUGUAUCCACUGUAUCUAUGCAGCAGCUCAAGGUUGAUCUGCCCAAAUCUACUAAAUCCUCUGUAUCCACUGUAUCUAUGCAGCAACCCAAGGUUGAUCUGCUUAAAUCUACUAAAUCCUCUGUAUCCACUGUAUUCAUGCAACAACUCAAGGUUGAUUUGACCAAGCCUACUAGAUCCUCUGUAUCCACUGUAUCCAUGCAACAACCCAAGGUUGAUCUGCCUAUAUCUACUAGAUCCUCUGUAUCCACUGUAUCCAUGCAACAACUCAAGGUUGAUUUGCCCAAGCCUACUAGAUCCUCUGUAUCCACUGUAUCCAUGCAACAACCCAAGGUUGAUCUGCCUAAAUCUACUAGAUCCUCUGUAUCCACUGUAUCCAUGCAACAACCCAAGGUUAAUUUACCCAAGCCUACUAGAUCCUCUGUAUCCACCGCAUCCAUGCAACAAUCCAAAGUUGACUUAUCCAAAUCUACUAAAUCCUCUGAAUCCGCUGCAUCCGUACAACUUAAAACUACUAGUUCUCUAGAUCCUUCAAAACCCAAAGUUUAUAAUAUUUCAAAUAUUCCAUCUAAAACCUUAUUA